AGCUAGUUCCCGUAUAAUAGGACGCGCGCCAAGCCGUUUUGCGAUUCUUUCCUGUGACGGCGUUUUCUCCCCUGUUGAGCGACAGAGAGGAUUAGCGGUUGAUUUUCGAGCGGUUUUUAUCACAGGAUCAGUGACGAAGGUGUUUCAGGGGCGUUGGGAGAUUUGUUUUGAGUUGCUUUGAUUUUUGGUUGUUGUUUCACUUGAGAGCUUGACGAUGACUUUUCAUGGAGGGGAUUCGUAUACGCAGUCUUGUGUUUCCGCUCAAGGUCGUGGAAGAGAUGAUCUGUACAUGGAGCUAUGGAGGGCUUGUGCAGGUCCACUGGUUGAUAUACCUCGAGUUGAUGAGAAAGUCUUCUAUUUCCCUCAGGGGCACAUGGAACAAUUAGAGGCAUCGACGAAUCUGGAGCUGAAUAAGAGAAUUCCUCUGUUUAAUCUUUCCUCGAAGAUUCUCUGUCGCGUAAUUCAUAUAGAUCCGCUGGCAGAUCAUGAAUCGGAUGAGGUUUAUGCGCAAAUAACUUUGUUGCCGGAAUCAAAUCAAAGUGAGCCUAGAAGUUUAGAUCCAUGCCCUCCAGAACCUGUCAAACCAGUUGUUCACUCGUUCUGUAAGGUUUUAACUGCUUCUGAUACCAGCACUCAUGGUGGGUUUUCUGUCCUCCGAAAACAUGCUAACGAGUGCUUACCUCCUUUGGACAUGACUCAGGCUACACCAACUCAGGAUCUGGUCGCCAAGGAUCUUCAUGGAUAUGAGUGGCGAUUUAAACAUAUUUUUAGAGGUCAGCCACGAAGGCACCUGCUAACGACGGGGUGGAGUACAUUUGUUACUUCUAAAAGAUUAACUGCUGGAGAUUCCUUUGUAUUCUUGAGGGGAGACAAUGGACAGUUGCGUGUUGGGGUGAGGCGUCGUGCUCAACAGCAAAGCAGCAUGCCACCAUCUGUGAUAUCGAGUCAGAGCAUGCACCUAGGAGUGCUCGCAACUGCAUCUCAUGCUGUUACAACCCAAACCCGUUUUGUAGUCUAUUAUAAACCUAGGACUUGUCAGUUCAUAAUAAGUCUGAAUAAGUACUUGGAAGCAGUCAAUUAUAAAUUUUCUCUUGGCAUGAGAUUCAACAUGAGUUUUGAGGGAGAGGAUUCUCCAGAGAGAAGGUUUUCAGGAACUAUAAUUGGAGCUGGAGAUAUUUCACCUCAUUGGGCCAAUUCAAGCUGGAGAUCACUAAGGGUUCAAUGGGAUGAGCAAACAUCUAUUCUAAGACCUGACAGGGUUUCGCCUUGGGAUAUAGAACCACUCACGUCUUCAGCGGUCUCAAGUUUGUCUCAACCCGUUUCAAAAAACAAAAGGCCUCGACAAUCAACUGAAACUCCAGCUCAUGAUGGUGCUGAUUUGACUAAGUCAGCACAUUGGGAUUCUGGAUUGGCACAAUCUCAUGAUGGUAAACAGUUCGGUAAUGCAACUGAGAGCAGAUUAGGUGAAAAUAAUGAACUGUGUCAUCAUAGUGAGAUAGAUACUAUCAGCAACAGCACAUGUGUCUCAAGAACACAGACUGAUGGGACCUGGCUAUUUUCUACCCAAUCCAAUGGUUAUAAAGACCCAGUAAAUGACACAGCACAGGAUUAUAAAACUGUACCUGUCUGUGGUUGGUCUAUUCUGUCAGGACCUUCAAAGGUAAGUGAUGAUCAAAUACUUGAUCCCACUGAAAAUGGGAGGAAAGGCGAAACUGUAGCUAGUUGUAGAUUGUUUGGCAUUGAUCUCAAUCAUUUGGCUAAACUUCCUGCUGAGAAAGCAUCUUCUCAACCGAGCAGUAUGUCUAGUCACACAGAUGGGCGCAUCAGCACCUUGUCAGUGGCUCAGUCCGAAUCAAAAUCUGACAACAUAGAGGCCUCUAUAGAUAGAAAGUUAGAGCCAUUACAAGCAUCUCUGAAGGAGACUCAAAGUAGCUCAACUAACACUAGAAGCCGCACCAAGGUUCACAUGCAUGGAAUGGCCGUGGGUAGGGCAGUAGACUUAACCAUCUUAGAAGGCUAUGACCAAUUAAUAGAUGAACUUGAGAAGAUGUUUGAUGUCAGGGGACAGCUGUCUGCACGAGAUAAGUGGGAGAUUGUAUAUACUGACGAUGAAGGGGAUAUGAUGCUUGUUGGAGACGAUCCAUGGGAAGAAUUCUGUAACAUGGUGAGAAGAAUUUUUAUAUGCUCUAGGGAGCAAGUGAAAAAGAUGAGCUCAGGAAGCAAGCAGCUGGCGUCAAUAGAAGUUGAAGGGGCAGUACUGCGGAUGUUGGAGUGAAUAUGAUACCAUCUCUGCAGUCUGGUUAGAAGCCAGGGGAAGUUCCAAUGAGGCAGCCAGUGGCGGAGGCGGAGGUGGGGGCGGCGUUAGUUGUGGCGGCACAAGAACGGGCGGGUCAGAACAUCGGGUUGUUGGGAUAACUGAGCAUCUACAAAGAGGGCAAGUUGAGUUGGAGGCGAGCCAGAGAUUCAUGCAGUCAAUAUGAAACACAUGUUUGCAUGAUGGGACUUGCAACAAUUCCUCUUUUAUCUCGAAUUCUCCCAAGCAGACGCAGCACCUGAUAUUAAAUAGAUAAUAUAGUUAUUGCUUUUUCUUUUGAGUUAGUGUUGAUUUUGAUUUGCAACCCCACAUAUCUUAAAGAACAGUAUGAUCUCGACUUAAAGUCCGAAUCUUUCUCUCAACCCUAAUCGGAGAUUAUCACAGGUCGAAGAGCAAGAUAAAAUUGUAACAGCCAAAGUCUACUCCUAGUAGAUAUUAUCUUUUUU